AUGGAAACUAACCCCAUUUCUCAUACUUCUCUCCAGCAGCCAGUGCAUUCGUUUGUGUCUGAAGAGAAUAGAGUACUGCAUGUGUCCCUGUCAAAGACGGUGGCGUUGCAACAUCACGAAAUCGACGCCUUCUACGCAGCCCUAGCCGAGAAACUGAGGAGCGUCCACGCAUUCACCCUCUCGUUGCAAGGCUUGCGUCAUUUCACCAACGAGAAUGAGCACAGGUCCUUUCUCGCCCUCUGUGUGGCAGACGAGUGCCACGACUACAUACGGCAGCAUGUUCUCCCCUGUGUAGACACGGUGAUGCGCCUGUUUAUUAAGGACGUGUACUACCAGAACCCGUCCUUCCAUGCCAGUGUCUGCUGGUGGGCUAGCGCUAGCCCCAGUCCCAGUACAUUUAAAGGUGACACAGGGGAGCACCCGGAGAGAGAUAUGGGUGCAGUAGCGGCUGAUGCCAGGAUGGCACAACGCGGGGGUGCUGUAGGUAGGCAAACGGGAGUGACCCAGGACACGGGGCGACCUACACAGGCCAGUAGUGUGGCAGAUACUCUGUCAACGGAACGUGGGACCAGUAUGUUAACAGGUAUGUGCGGUCACACACCUGUUGCGCGAGAUGUGCCUGCUGCGGCAGGGCUUGAAGGAGUGAGUGGGCGAGAUGAUGUUGUUAAGGCGUUGGCUGAUGUGGAUGUAUCAACCGGUCACGUGGCGCAGAUCGCUUUGGAAAACUUUGUGAUAGAUACGAUAUACUGUAAGUUUGGCCACACGGUACGGGAAAUAAAGCUCUCACAGUAG